AUGUUCGGUUGUGGGGAUGGUCCAUUGGGUGGCCCCGAUAAAGUAAAAAUUCAACAGAUCAAGGGCGACGAUGGUGAUGACGGUUCGCCAGGGAUGAACGGUGCUGAUGGUACCGAUGGUACUCCUGGGGAAGCCGGUGGUAAAGGACCAGCAGGACCAACAGGGCCACAAGGGCCGGCAGGUGAAGGCGUACCAGGUGACCGUGGCCCACAGGGACCACAGGGAUUAGUCGGACCAAUAGGACCACAAGGACCAGGGGGGCCAUCAGGACCAGGCGGUGCCCAGGGCCCUCAGGGUGAUAAGGGAGCCAGAGGUGAAGCCGGUACACGGGGUGAACGGGGAUUCACAGGGCCAUCAGGUGAGAAUGGUCGUAAUGGUUCUUCUGGUUUUAUCAAGGAAACUAAUACCCAGCUUAUAUUCAGAAAAGAAUCAGGCGGCGAACAUCCAUGGGACAAACCGCCCAACCCAACAAUAACGAUGUGCCUUUGUAAGCAUGGCAAGAUGCAUCAGGAAUCCGGAAAAGCCGUGACUCUUAUGAUUAAGUAUUGGGGAAAACGCGGCUGGUUUAUUGCCCGUGAUAACAACUGCUGGAACACGUGGAACAAGUUUGAUGAUGACCAGCGGUAUUUUCUGGAAGGCGAAUAA